ACCACUUUAUAUAACUCCGGCUCAAGCGAAGUAAACAAGGCCACCGGUGAAGCAAUAGAUUUGAAGUCGCAGUGUUCUUAUCGCGGUUCCGUGUGGUCAUAAAAAGUGCCGGGGAAGAAGAAACGCGUUGCUGUGCUGGGUGCUUCCGAAGAUUGACCGCCGAUUGUUCCACCGGGUGACUUUUUGCUUCAUUUCCGAUCAUACUGUUUUGACGUGUACUUGGCGGUGCCGAUUGCAACGUGAGCCCCGUGGCGCUGUUAUUGUUUUCAUCAAUCUUUUACGAGCGAUAGAAGCGCAGAUCCGGCAAAGGCUUAUCUCACGAUCGAUCGGCAUCCUCACCCAAAAUCUCACAUCUCACGGCUCACCUGCUCACUGUGAGAACAGAAGGUUGCUGCUCCUUGAUCAACACAACGCGGCGCAAGAACAAGGAAGGUUUAACAACCUUUCCGAUGGUCAACGCACCAGUCCGUAUCGCAGUGAGUUAUUGCUUCACGGAGGCUGCCCGAUCGGUUCCGGCCAUUCAAGAACGUGUUUUUGUUUUCGCUGCCUCCGUCAAGGCGCCGCCGAUAGGCAGCUGUCAUUUUCGCGCGCGCGAUUGCCAUAACCGCGGAGUGUGGAGUAGUUCCGCGAGUCCAGCCCACCGGGCAGCAGUUUAGUGCAUUCGGUGCAAUCGAGAGAGUAGUGCGCGUGCCUGGCCGCCGCAUAAGCGAGCAGAGAGCGAGCGAACCGUGCAUGCUGAGUGCAGAAACAAGUGCAUCCCAGUAGCCUUGCAAUUUUCGUGUCAGACCGAGAGAGAGCGAAUAGUGCAAGAGAAAGAGGAAAGCUUUCGACCUACAUUUGCUGAGUGCAUCUUUGGCGCACAGAACCUUCGGAAAUUUACGUAAAAAAGAUAGCAGCUUGCAGUUGCACCAGCAACGCUCGAGUGGAUAGGUUUUUGUUUUGGUUACGAUACAUUUGCUGUCCUAUUCCGUUUGCUGCUGUGAAUCCCGGUGUGUCCCUGGUGUCAACAAAAAACAUUAACCUCAGCCAGUGUUUAUGUUGCACUUCCGCAAUUAUUUUGUCCACGCGAACCCGUGACCCGGCUGUAUCGGCAGUGGAAGAAAAACAAGGGACACCAGCAAGAGAUUGUGCAAAAACUGUCGCCCUUGAGUGCUUGUCGGGCACAAUAAACGGCUCACGAAACACCGCGUAGAACAUUAUUAGAGCCCGCAAAACAGGAAGCAGAGCACCGGAACACCUUGUCUUUUAAGUGGCCUGCUCAAGUAAACGCAGUACAAGCCGGAUCGACGUUUAAUUGGCCGUUGUGAGAUAAAAUCGGAAUAGUGAUCGGAACAAACAGACCAUCGACAGUCCUUCGGCAUCGCCGUUAGGCGCGGAGAUUUGAAAGCUGACCAGAAUGGCCCCGAUAGCUACAACGCACGGACCGAAGGAGGCGGUGCAUGGCGGUGGCGAAGAAACGCUAACGCGCCAUACCGAUGCAAAGCAACAUUACUACAUCAGCAACCGCACAAAUGGCAUCAGUGAAGGAGCACGAGAUGGGACGGCGUCGAUGAUGGCCGGUAACACAACAACGGCCUGUCCGCAGCAACCCUGUCCGCUGAGGGCUCCGCUCGUGGUAACCGUCGUCGGGUUACCGUGCCGGGGGAAGUCGCUGGCCGCACAUAAAGUGGCCCGCCACCUAAGCUGGCGCGGCGAGGGUGCCAAAGUGUUUACGGUUGACAAGAAUGCCACCAACGACACGCUGUGCGAAAUCAGUCUUUUCUUCAAGGAAGGAAAUAAUGUCGCUAUCAUCGAUGGAAUGCAUUUAACACGGGCCACCCGCCAAACGGUGGCCUCCUUCUGCUGUGAUGCCGUAUUUCACCAUCUGCUGAUCGAGUUCACGUGCAAUGACAAGUGUCUUGAGGAGAACAUUGCCGAUACGGUGCAGUUCUAUCGCCAGCAUGAUCAGACCAACGACUGGGAACAACGUCUUCGCGAUAGCAACACCGCCCACACGGCACAGUUCGAACCGUGUAACGCAUCCGAGGGCCCCCUGAUUACGGUGAACAACUCCGAGGAUCCACUGUACCACUCCGUCGCGGCUCGCGGUGUCCGUGGUGCUAUUCAGACGGCGAUCCUAGGCGUUCUUGCUAGCCCCGUUAUUCGCCAGCAGACGUUUUACUUUAGUCGGCACGGCGAAUCCGAGUAUAACGUUUUGGGACGAAUCGGAGGCGAUGCGGAUCUGUCACCACGCGGCAUGAAGUACGCCGAACGGUUGGCGCGCCAGCUGGGAGGUCCGGGUUCGAGUCCGGAUUGUCCGCGACCGAAAGUGAUCUGGACGUCCGAGCUGCGCCGCACGGUUCACACUGUCCAGAGUAUUCCGGGACCGCGAGCGGCCAUCAAAGAUCUGAACGAGAUCAAUGCUGGAAUCUGCGAGGGCUUGACGUACGAAGAGAUUCAAGAACGCUUCCCGCAGGAGUUUGCCUGGCGUGAUCAGGACAAAUUCAAAUAUCGCUACCCGCACGGGGAAUCGUAUCUCGAUUUGCUGCAACGGGUCGACAGCGUGGUGCAGGCGCUGCUCAGCAAGACCGACGUGUUAGUUGUCUCCCAUCAGGCCGUCCUGCGCUGCAUUAUGGCGUACUUUAAGGGUGUCAAGCCGGAUGAUGUGCCGUACAUAAAUGUGCCGCUCCACACGCUGCUCGUGGUGCGAUCGUACGGUUACGAUUUUGUUGUCGAAACAGUUCCACUGAAAGUCGAAUGUGUCGAUACCUAUCGCAUUCAGCCAAAGAACUGCUCUACAUCGCGCACAACCGCCGAUGCCCUAACGACCGUUCCUGCGCACUUCGACGCUCCACUUACGCAACAAAUGUCUACGAUUAGCUAAAAGCUGCUUCCAGUUCGGCAUGGCAGCCAACCAACGACACACCGUAAACGGUUUGAUCUUUUCGACAUAAGAAACAGCUAGGCCAUUACGAUUUGCAAGGGUAUCGCAAUCAAUUCGUGCAAAUUCGUGCACUAUACCUUCAGCAAGGUACAUAAACUAGGUUAAGCUGCGAACUCUCUUCCCUUGAAAAAGCCUAAGCACGUCACGCCGGCAGGUUCUACAGUUCUUCCAUAGUGUUGUAUAUAUUGCUAGAAAUGAAGCAGCAGAGAAAGGCGAGUCAAUGCAAAAAUGAUGUGGAAGUAGGUUUUCCUCUGCCAUUUACCAGGAGAGAGAUGUGUAUGUCGUUAUAGGACGGGAGAACGACAGCAGAGUAAAUGAUUGUAUGCAUUUUGUGUGAAUCUGUUGCGUGUCCCUUUCCAGGCCGACCUUUGGGCUUUCGAUUGGCUUCAAGCACAACUUCAUUGGACUAGAGUACAAGGUUAGAAAUGCAAAGUUUUCGCUAGAUGUCCAAACAAUUUACGAAGCGUUCAAAUUUUAAACUAUACACAACGUUCGGUUGUCCCCAUAACGAGCGACACAAAAGAAAGAAGCCUUGUGAGACAAGGUUAUAAACCGAAGUUCAUUCUAUCCUGCGUACCUCGUUCUGCGAUUGUGGUGCCGGUCACGAAUGCAACAAUAUUACCAGUGUGAAAUCACAACCAGUUAU